CAGUCUCAGCCUUGUCAGUCUCAGCUAGUUUCCUUCCAAGUCACCUUGACCCUUAGCUCAUCACAAGCAGAAGACCAUGCCACACAAAAUGGCCGAGAAGGUUCUGAUCGUGUACGCCCACCAGUGUACUGGGUCAUUUAACGCUGCAGCUAAAGAUGCAGCUGUGACAGCUCUGACUGCUCAGGGCUGUAAGGUGGAGGUGUCUGACCUCUACGCCAUGAAGUUUAAAGCCUCUGCUACUGUUGACGACAUCACUGGGGAGGUGAAGGAUGCUGAGCACUUCCAGUAUGGAGAGGAGACCAUGCUGGCAUGGAAGGAGGGCCGACUCUCUGCUGAUAUCACUGAGGAACACUGCAAACUCUCUGAAGCGGAGCUUGUCAUAUUCCAGUUUCCUAUGUACUGGUUCACUGUUCCUGCCAUCAUGAAGGGCUGGAUGGACCGGGUGCUCACACUGGGAUUUGCCUACACCUCAGAAAAGAGGUACAGCCAGGGCAUCUUCAAGGACAAGAAAGCCAUGCUGUCCUUCACCACUGGAUCCCAGGAGUCUAUGUUCAGUGCCAAUGGUAUCAAUGGAGACAUGAAUGUCACCCUGUGGCCACUGCGGAAUGGCAUCCUGCACUACUGUGGUUUCCAGGUUCUGGCUCCUCAGAUCUUCUGGGCUCCACUCCACAUCCCCGUUGAGGCUCGAGACAGCAUGCUGGAGGCAUGGUGCACACGGCUGCAAGGGCUUCUCGGAGAAAUGCCGCUUACCUUCACCCCCUCGGACAGCUUUGAUGGUGGGUGGGGCUUCCAUCUCAAAGAGGAUGUCCAGGAGAAGCACGCAGCCAAUGAGUUUGGCCUGUCUGUCGGAAUCCACCUGGGCAAGCCGCUCCCACCCAACAGCCAGAUCAAAGCUGGGGUGUGAAGGAAAAUAUAGACAUGCUGCUGACCUUUAUGCCUGCUCCCACUGAAGGGCUGGGUGUGGCUUGAGGCUUCAGACCCUUCUCUGCCAGAGAAGAGGCUUUGGUUUGGGUCACUACGAAGGGCCUGUACCCUGCCACUCGACGCCCUCCACCUCAUACAGAGAGGAAAUGGUGCCAUGUAGACGGUCUGACAUGUAGUCGCUAGGAGAAGGAGUCUCACAAUCUGACUUUAAAUCAGGGUGAUGUUCAGCAGUUACUGCAUUGUGGUAUGACUACUCUGCUUGUUCAUUCCAAUUUAGGCUUUUUGCAGUAAAGUAAUCCUGAAUGUGA